AUGGUUCUCCUAACAUCCUCCACGGUUUCGACCAUUGUGUCGAUGGGAGUGAUCUGCAUAUUCACCACGUUGUUGUUCAUCUCCGGGUAUGUCUUACAACAGCAAUCGGUCAAGAACAUUCAGCAUGCCUUGAAACCCCAGGAAGCUGCCCAAAUGGCCAGGUAUGGCCCGGGUUCCGCAUUCCAACAGAAACGCGGUGUAUCGGCUGGGGACGAUCAUACGUAUGGCACUCCACAGCACCCUGUCUCGGGGAAUUACGCCUAUCUCCAGUUAUUAUCAGAGCCAGAUCCCUCGGACAUAUGCUCUGCAAUCCUCUUCUUCAAACAACUGGCCACCAAUGGAACUGCCGUCCAAGAUCGGCUCUUUGUGUACCCGGAGCAAUGGGACCGCAUGCCCGCACAAAAGCUGGGCAGUUCUACCAGGCAAGCAUUGUCAAUAUUACGCGCCGCCAGCUCAAAGUACAACAUAUGGCUACUUCCUAUCGACAUGUCAGCAGCCACAGCUGCAGGAUACACUACAACCAAUAGCAAGUUACUCCGACUAGCCCAGAUCCAGUUCAUGCAGUAUGACAGUGUCCUAUACGUGCAAACGCCAGGCCUACUGAUGGACACAGGCAAGCUGGAUGAUAUGCUUUUAUCCCGUCCACUGCCUCUCCGCCACGAUAAGAAUCGGCUAGAGUCCUACAACAACGAGGCGUGGAUUCCAAUGCCGCUUCGCGCAAAUCGGGACGCUGCACUACCCCCUGCAUACUUGAUUACAGUCAACAAUAUAGAGAACGGGAAUGUGGAAGCAAGGACACAUAUCCCAAAUGACUUCUUGCCCGGUUUUGGUAGCCUCGUGGCUGGACCUCGGCAGGCCGAACUGUCAAAAUCCCUUGGCGAUGAGCCUGGAUAUGUUUAUUUUGAAAGUGACCGUGACGGACGUGUGAAGUGGGCUGGGAAUCCUUACUUUGGCACCUGGCGGUCUCAACAAGCCGAGGUUUGUGAGGGAUUGGACCUUGACGAGAUCAUUCAUGAUGAGCAAUGA